UUCCCUAAACUGAUCGUCAAGAGUAUACGGCGCUUCGCUUACGUCUUUCCGUCUCUGGUCUGCACAGUGCAUGCCGGCUUCGCUCGACAGUAAGGCGAGGCAAAGCAGUCCGCCAUUUCCGACUGAAUCGGCGGAGCCUCGCAAUCUCGAAGAGGUGCGGCGACCUCAUGUGGUCGGCUCUUCUACGCUCGCGGCUCGCGCCGUCAUCCUCUCUCGCUCAAUAUCAGCAGUGGAGUCUAGGGUUUCUGGGGGCGAGCCGCGCUUGCUCCACCUCCACCGCCGCGGCGCACGGCGUUGAUCAGUGGUCAAUCCUCGAUCUGCAGGAGGUGGAGAAGGUGCUCAGCGACGUGAGGGCGGACGACGUGAAGGUGAUCCCGGGUCGCAAGGAUCGCGACUGGGCCGAUUACAUCGUGCUGGCCACCGGCAGGUCCUCUUGGCACGUGAAGAACAUCGCUCAAGCCCUUCUUUACAAGGCUAAACAAAAGCAAAAAGGAGCUCGAAGACUGAUGCUGCCGAGCGUAUCAUGGUCAACAUCAAGCGGGGGGAAAUCUUCGGCAAAAAAAGAAGUAAAGGAAGGAAAGUGGGUCGUGGUCGACUCUGGCAAAGUAGUAGUUCAUGCUCUUGAUGAAGAAGCCAGAGCUUAUUAUGACUUGGAUGGUCUCCUGUCGACUGACUCCUACCAAGAGGAUUCGAUUCAGGUGCGUUUUGAAGAUUUGGGAAAGGCCUUAGUGAAGAUUCGUCGCAAGAACAACUCGAAACGGCGAACUCAAAAUGGUGCAUGAAGAACUGCCCUGUUUGCUAGUUACUUCGCCCUUUGCCUCUGUACGGUUGAAGAUCAUGUUCUUGCCGUUUCUCGAGCUAGAACCUUGUUGAAGACGCGGAGAAUUCAAAUGACAUGGCUGUGCGAGGUCUUAUUUGUCCAUCAAUGGGCAGGAUGCUGGUGCGUGUUGUAAUUGUGCCAUCUCUCUUCUUUCGUGAUCGCCUUGGGGUGAGGAAUCAUAUUUGUUCUUCUGGAACAAAGGAGUCGAACUGCUUUAACUAGGCUUGCUCCAUUAGAGAGAGAAGUUUGAGAUAUGGUUGAACGAAAAAACCGACCUAACUUGCAUGGGCGGAUCGGUAAUUUCAUUUUUGGUGAGUUUGAUUGGAAACCUGUCAAGAUGCGGUCGGAUUCUCAAAAUUCUGAGCUCACUAUACUUGACAUUCGGGUCCUUUUCUAUUUCACGGAA